AUUCAUUUAAAAACAUUUUGAAAAUAUAUCACCGCCUGGUCCUAGCUUGUUACGCCACUGGUAAAGUACGGUGAGGCAGAAAAUUUCGAGACAGAGGGCGAAAUCGAAAGAGAAAAGAGAAGAGGUGUUCGGUGUUGGUGUUCGAUGUUGUUCGUUCGUGAUAUAGACGCCAUAAGUGAAUUUGUGUUUUAAUAUCUGAUUUACAUUCAUUGCUAUGGAAAUAAAUUUCUGAGACGAACAAAUUAUGAACUCAACUUUAAAACCAGUAUUGCCCACAUCUUCGCAAAACGCCAGUUCUGCGACUGCGACCAAACCAAUGCAUCCACAAGGUACACCAAUCUCAUAUGGACAACCUUCUGGCACAAUAUCCCAGAAUCCAUUCCCAAACACCAAUAUGGCCCACAACCAUCCUGCCACCCAACAAAAACAUUUUUCUUUAAAUGUCCCAGGGGGAGGAUCUCAUUUUAGCAUGGGAACUAUUCCUGCUAGCAACCACCCCGUUGCUAUUAGCCAACCGUCUACUGGACAAAAUUACAACCCUCCAAAGAAUGCAUACAGUGGGUUUCAGCAUGGUGUUGGACUUACUACACAAAAUCAAAAUACAUUACCCCCUGUCAGUCAAACCUUGCCUGCUACUACAACAACAACAACAUCGUCCUCUGCAGCAUCUCAAAGUCCACCUGUUACACAAAACCUGUCAAAUUCCAAUUCUAACAACUCUUCAUCUGUAAAGGAACCUACUGUAGACAAGGAUAAAGCACAACCAAACGGAACAUCUGAAGUAGAACCUCCUGCACCUGUUCAACCCGAAAAACCAGAAGUCCAAAGUAACCAUGUAACAGCGCAGGCUCCAACUAGUGGACCACCAGCCCCACAACAACAAGAAAAGCCAGCAUCUCAAACACCAUCUCUACAACAGCCUUCAGAAAAACCUAAACCUACCAUGCCUCCACAAGAAAAGAAACCAAUACAAGGACCUAAACCUGUCCCAGAAACCAAAACUGUCCCAGAAACAAAACCUGUUCCAGAAACUAAACCUGUCCCAGAAACUAAACCUGUUUCAGAAACUAAACCUAUUUCAGAAACUAAACCUGUUCCAGGAACUAAACCCAUUCAAGAAUCACCUAAAGUUCCCCAUGAACCUGUUCCAGUCCAAAAAAUAUCCCAACCUCCUUCAGUCCCAACACCUCUAACAGUAUCUUCGGCACAUGUGCCAGCUCCCGAACCCACCAAGGCACCAGUUCCUGAACCCACCAAGGUACCAGUUCCUUCCAGCGAACCAGCUGUGACAGAACCUAUUAAGAAUGAUUCUGAGACCAUAAAAGAUGCGCCAGAGACUGAUCCGUUGGCAUUUGAUGGUUCCGGUGCGGUACCUGAAGAAAAAUCUACACAAAAUCAAGAUGUGGCGGUUCCUAUUAUCCAGUCUGAAGAUGCUAAGGAAGAGAGCGAAGGCGAUGAAAAAAGUUCGGCAGAGGAACAGUCUAGCGAAGAGUGCGAAUCUGAAAAAGGACAAAAAGAUGAAGAAUUGGUGUUAAAAACUCCAGUCCGAAAAGCAAAAGUUGCUAAAGCAGAGCCCAAAUCUACAAUUCAAAAAUCUCCAACCAGCGCCAAAACCAAGAGGCAGAGGAUGAGAACUCAACACUAUCAGAGUCCACUUCCGGAAAUCGAAAUUAUUACGAAAAUCACUGCUGCACCUACGAGAAAUAGAAACACUGAUGACAAGCUCAUUUACUUUUACAAGAACGAGUUUCUAGCUGUCAGAAAUGCAGAGGGAGGAUUCUAUUUAUGCCAAGCUGUGCAGAAUAUCUAUAAAUCUUCGUCGAAAAUUAAGAUACGUUGGUUGUCUCAGGACAAAAGUGAAAAAAGCGCGGAAAUCUACACUCCAGAUUUCUAUGACACAACAGAUUUCGAUUGCAUUCUAACUAGUUUAGAUUUGACCAGAGUUGGAAAGGGUAGAUACAAAUUGAAACCAGCUGAGAAAUUAAGGACAGAUAGUAUUUUAAAGAGGUGUUUAGCUGUAGAAAAGGGUGAAAUUUCACAACCUUCGGUGUCAGCAGAACACCCAGAUGGAUUGGAUUUGUCGCUGUACAAGGAUGAGGAACAAUUAAAAAAGAAAAGUAAACAAGGUACAAAGCGCAAGGGCAGACCGCAGUCCCAGUCUCCCAAAAAGGAAACGCCGACUAAACAGUCGCCUGAAGCUCCUAAGGUAAGGAAAGUGGAGACCAAGCCGACAAAACAGAGUACACCUGCCAAGAAGCCGAUCGUUAAGAAAGUAGUUCCGCCACCGGAACCCAAAAAAGCGGCGCCGAUGACUAGUAGAGCGGCUAGAGGAAAGAGAAAAGCUAUUGCAAAAACCAGUCCGGUCGUUGAUCAGAAGAAAGCUAAAGUUUUGGCUAAAAUUGGAAGGAAAGCUGGCAUUCCAGCUAGCAGUACCAAGGCCCAGCCCCAGCCCCAAACAUCUAAAAGUGCAAAAGUGUCAAAACCAGCUCCCUCAUCUUCAAAAGUAACAAAACCAGCGCCGGCUCCGAAAUUGCCGCCAAGAAAGGCCAAGAGAUUCGGGAGGAAGUGAAUUAAAUAAUAUUAAAUAUUGAUUUUUUUUUUCAGAUUUAUUUUGUGUAUAUUUUUUUAUUUUUGAAAUCAUCUUUUUUUAUGGAUUUAUUAACCUUUUAAAUAACAAGUAGAUGCAUAUCGUAAGGUUUUUCAAAAAUUUAUGAUAUGCGUUUUCAAAGGAAAUUUGAAUCGUGGACCUCUUUAUUUGGUACUAAAGAGUAUUGAAAGAAUAAUUAGUAUUUCAAGAAAAGGCCUUAUAAUCUUCCUAAAAAAAAUUAUAGUUCAAAUUUUCGAUGUUAUUUGUGAAUCGUAUAAAUAGGUCCACGUUUUAAAAUGUUAGAAUGUUUAUAGUUACAUUUACUUAUAUAACGGCCAUUUCACAAAAGGAAAUCUACUUUACAUUUAUUUUUUUAAUUGUAUUUAUUAGAUUUCCAUUUAUAUAUAUAUUUUUUUUUGUUGUAUUUGUAUUUCUAUUUUUACAAACGUUGCAAUGAUUCAAAACAAAAUACAGUAGAGACUUAAUUGAUAUUUGUAAAACAAACCAUAAACCAAUGCAGGGUUCAAUAAUAUUUAUAAUUGAAAUAUAAAUUUAUGCAGAGCGCGAGCUCUUUUGAAUUUUUGGAAGUACAUUCAAAACAAUUUUAAAAAAUUCAGUUUAACACGAACAUAUUCGAAACUAUCUACCAUACUGUAUUUUUUUAUGUCCGAUAGUGCCUUGAGAUAUUGGACUUUUUCUUUUUCACAGGACUUUUUGAUAUUAAUUAAAAUAUAUUUUUGUGCCCUGCAUUUAUGUAUAUGUAGUAAUGCUAAACCCCAAAUUUAUUUUGAAGUAUUUUAGUAAUUGUUUAAAACAAUUUUUUCAUCAUUUUACUGAUGUCUGAUCAAUCGAGUUUCUACUGCAAUUUUGACAUAAAUUUAAAGAUUAAAUUAUCAUUUUUUAUUAUAUUUAUACAUGAAAUUGACAAUUUCACUGAUAAAUCGAUCAUGUAAACAUAUUGGUGUCCUUAAUUUAUUGAUCAAUAUAUUUCUUACAAUUUAAAAACUAUAUGGCGUCUUUAUUACCUUUUCAGGUGCAAUUAAUAAAUAUUACUCUUUUAUUAUUUGUAAAUAGACUUUUGAGAUGCUCCCAAUUAUUAUUACAAUAUUUUGAUAACUCCUUAUUGUGCAAUGUUUCUAAUGAGUUUUUAACAAUAUCUGUAUCCCAAAGUGAUCAAAUUAACAUCAGAAAUUAGCUAAAAGUAACAUUAAUUACUUCAGCAUUGAUUAUAAAACAAUACCACUGAUGUAUUUGAUAUAAAGGCUCAACUUUCGUUUAGCCGAAAUCUGUUAUGCAAAAACUGUUGCUAUAAUAACAAUUUUGAUGGCUAUGAGUAAACAAAAACCCUAAUCUGAUGGUGAAGAAAUGCGUAGUUGCCAAGUUGUAGAUGUUUAAGGUUUUUGUUUAAUUUCAUUUAACUGAAAUAAAAAUGUUGCCAUGGAAACGCUUGUCAUGCUAAGGACUAAACAAAAAUCCAAAUCCGGCAGUGAGGAAAUGCGUAGUUGCCAAGUUAUAGAUUAUUU